AUGGAGGCAUCAAUGAGUAACCCAGUAAAUGGAGUAUCAAAGGGGCGCAAUGCACAAACACGCAGACACUGGACUCGUGAGGAAGAAGAUGGGUUGAUUGCUGAGUUGAAAGAGGUGAUAGCUAGAGGCAUGAAAGCAGAUAAUGCUUUCAAAGGUGGAUACUUGCCAAUGUUGGAGCGUGGAUUAGCCAACCGUUUUCCUACGGCCAACAUUCGUGGAGAUCCUCAUAUCCAAUCAAAAUUGCAAGUAUGGAAAAAGACUUAUGGUUAUAUUUAUGGGAUGCUGGAUACUAGCGGCUUUGGAUUCAAUGAAGAAACAAUGAUGGUUGUUUGUGACGACGAUGUUUGGGACAAAUAUGUACAGGUGCAUCCAGAGGUUAAGAAGAUGCGAUACAACUCGUAUCCGUAUUAUCCUUCGUGGCAAGAGAUAUUUGGAAAAUCGAGAGCAACUGGUGUAAAUGCACAGGGAUUUACGGAAGUGGUCCAAGAUUUAUUGAAUGAUAGAACCGAUGUCGGUAGAAGCAGGAAUCAUGGAAAAUUACCACUGCCGGAAGAUAUUAGCAUACCACUUGAAGAGGAAGAAUACUGUGGUGAUGCAUUACCCGUUAGCCCUCCAAUGUGUGGUGGUAGUGAUACAAAGAGCAAAACAAGUGGCUAUAAGAAACGCAAGGUUUCUGAACUUACUUCUGUGGUAGAACCCAUUGUCAAUAUGAUGAGCACAUUUAUUUCUGACUCAAAAGAGGCUCUUGGAGACCUUAGCAAGCGACUCGGAGUGGAGCACGAUGCUUCUAUGGCAAGGAAGAAAGUUUUUGACGCCCUUGCAGCCAUUCCUGGCCUCUCAAUGGACAAUCAAAUACUGGCGGCAAAUAAACUUGUGAACUCCACAUAUAGUAUGGAUCUAUUCUUUAGCAUGCCUGAUGAUGCCAAGUUCAAAUAUGUCAUGAUGUUGCUUGAUGGUCAGGUCUAG